AUGGCUACAAAUACGGUCCCCUUCACACCUCAGAGUGUGCAAGAGGUAGCCCAGAUGGUGCGUGAUCUAGAAGAAGCUGCGAAGAACAAGAACAAAGGUGGGGUUUCUGUCAAGAAGACAACCUACAACAUCAACGGUUCUCCGGACGGUAUAAAGCUCGACUCUUGGAGAAUGCAUGAUUGGGACUACAAACGCCGUGACUUGCCUACAUAUGCUCGAGGUAUAUUCACAACCAGGAAGCGGAAUAAUGAGCCCGAAAUUGCCGUGCGCGGUUACGAUAAAUUCUUCAAUGUGGACGAGGUUUAUGAGACCAAGUGGAUAAACAUUAUCGAACGCACGCAAGGCCCUUACGAGCUGACCCUCAAAGAAAAUGGGUGCAUAAUUUUCAUUGCCGGCCUCGAGGAUGACACCUUGGUUGUUUGCAGCAAACAUUCAACUGGCGGCCGCUCAGAUGCACCCCUCACCCACGCUACUGCUGGCGAGGCUCAAAUUCGGAAGCAGUUGGCUGCGAUAGGCAAGACGAAUGCCGACCUCGCACGAGAACUACGAAAGCGGAAUGCAACCGCAGUAGCCGAACUUUGCGAUGACAGUUUCGAAGAACACAUCUUGGAGUACGGUCCUGAAAAGGCUGGUCUCUAUCUCCAUGGAAUCAACCUGAACUUGCCUGGGUUCUCGACCUACCCCAGCUUCGAAGUGCAGAAGUUCGCCGACAGUUGGGGCUUCCGAAAGACAGGGCUCCUUGUCAUGGACGACAUCCAACAAGUCAAAGCAUUUCUCGAGGAAGUGGCCGAAUCAGGAGCUCACGAUGGCCGCGACGUUGAGGGCUUCGUCAUCCGUUGCAAGAUGUCCCAUAACCCUUCCGUUAUCCCUUACCAAGACUGGUUUUUCAAAUUCAAGUUUGACGAGCCUUAUUUGAUGUACCGGCAAUGGCGUGAAUGUACCAAGGCUCUCAUCUCCGGGAGACCACCCAAGUUCAAGAAACACGUCGCAAUCACCGAGGAAUACCUCCUCUACGCCCGGAAAAGGCUGGCAGCCAGUCCAAAGCUGAGUGAGCUUUACAACCAUAACCAUGGUAUCAUAUCUCUACGAAACGACUUCUUGAAUUUCAAGAAUCUCAAGGGGGCGGAUGCCGCGAACCUUGAAGAUGGUGACAAGGUUCAUGGUAUGACAGAGGUGACUAAAGAUGUCAUUCUCUGCCCUAUUGCUACCAUCGGAUGUGGUAAAACCACCAUUGCACUCGCGUUAAGCCGUCUCUUUGGAUGGGGGCACAUCCAGAACGACAACAUCACAGGAAAAGGACGGCCUCCACGCUUUACCAAGGCCGUUCUAGAACAGCUGAAAGAUCACCCUGUCGUCUUCGCAGACCGGAACAAUGCGUCGAAACACGAGAGGAAACAGAUCAUUACGGAUGUGAAGCUUCAGCAUACCGGGGCCAAAAUUGUCUGCCUCAACUUCCGACAUGACGAGAAUGCAAUCCAAGAGAUCCGCAACGUGACGCGGGACAGGAUCAUCGGAAGGGGUGACAAUCACCAAACAAUACACGCCGCAACGGAUAAAGACAAGUUCCUUGGUGUCAUGGAAAGUUUCAUCAACCGAUUUGAACCCUGCCAGCCCGAGGGUCGCCCUGACGAUGGGUUUGACGCCGUCAUUGACCUCGAUCCAACUUUUCAAAGCCGACAGAAUCUUGAGACGACAAUCAAGGAGUUGAUUAAGCACUUCCCCAACCUCAUAUCGGAUGUUCCCUCGGGCGAACAGCUCGAUGCUGCAAUUGAAUACGCUCUCAGUUACAAACCCAAUCUCAAACAUAACAUACCUGGCAGAGGAAAGAAAGGAAAAGACCAGCCGGAAAAAUCAGCACAGAAGCAGAAGGAACCCAAGAAGAAGCCUCUCGAGUACAUAUCCGUGGGUGUCCCCACGCAGAUCAUCAAUGCGCUCCUGGACAGUUCCUUCGAGGGAGAGACUUCUGAAAUCUCUCGUUUCUAUCUGCAGCUCAAGCAGUCCCGGCGAGUGCAGGGGGAAUUCCACGUCACGCUUAUGCACCGAGCUUCUUCGAAAGACUGCCCUGAGCUCUGGCAGAAGUACACGGCUCUAUAUAAAGAAGCUGAAGAGGCGGGGAAGCCUAAUGAAAAGCUAGGAGAUUGCGGUGUCAUGGCUGAAAGGGCUGUUUUUGAUGACCGAAUCAUGGCCAUUGUCGUUCGCCUAGCCGAUGAAGAAGACAAGUGGAAGUGCCUGAACCGAGUCGCGCAUGUCACUGUGGGUACCCGAGAUGACUCUGUGAAGCCAAAGGAGAGCAACGAUUUACUCGCCAAGUGGCUUGAACAAGGCUGCACAGAUGAGAACAGAAUCAAGGAAGUUAUUUUUAAGAACAAGGCUACUUUGAAGGGAGAAGUGAGGGCUGUGUUGUCGAGAUAG